AUGACAACAAAGCACCUACCACAGAAUACCUACAAAGAAGUCGCUUCAAGACCAAAGAGUAGAAAUAUUAAUGGAAAUUCAUCAUCGAAACAAGAUAAUCUUAAAACUACCGCCGCAGGCCCUAAUCUGGUAAACGUUCUGGGUUCAAACUGUUAUUCUCCAUUAGAAGUUGAGACGGCAGACGAGUCAGAGCAAGAAAUCAUAAGUGCCGACGAGGCAAGACCAACAAGCCAUGGCCGAAAGCACGACUCAAAGACACAAAAGUCUAAGAAAACAACUAGCGAUCCCCUCAACAAAGUCGACUGCAAUUCCAGCAAUGUAUCAACAAUCCACGACCUUGAUUCCGGUACAAUCCUUGGAAGAUUCAAUGUUAAAGCGGCUAGACGUAAACAGAGCACGACGCUCUAUAGACAGCAAUAA